GUAGGAAAACGCCCCUUGACACCCAGCAGAGACCCAAGACCCUGAAAAUCUGUUCCGCUCCCUGGUCUCCAUCUGGCUUUGGCUUUGGCUUUGUACUCCUGCGUUCUGCAUCCUCCUGCUGCACCACCAUCACCAUCACCCUCUCUGCGCCUACUGCUAAUUCCCUAGUCCUUGUCCAGCUCAACGAUACCUUCGUCUGGACCUGCACAAUCCUGGUGCAACAUAUCGCCCAGCGGGCAUUUCCCAUCCUGCCAACGACGCGCCAGUUGCUGGACACGGUUCGCGUCGUUAAUCGCUGCUACUGACCGCCGGCCCAAAGCUACGACGGACUACCACCCGACUUCAUCGCGGUUCGGCCACAUCCACCACGUACAGCUUCUCGAGCAAGAAAGGAAUUAGUCAGAGAGGAAGGCGAUGGCGCAGGCAACACAGUCGAUAAAAUGUGUAGUGACGGGUGAUGGUGCAGUUGGGAAGACCUGUUUGCUCAUAUCCUACACGACCAAUGCCUUUCCUGGCGAAUAUAUUCCCACUGUCUUUGACAAUUACUCUGCCAGUGUCAUGGUCGAUGGCAACCCAGUGUCUCUCGGACUUUGGGAUACUGCAGGUCAGGAAGAUUACGACAGACUGCGCCCUCUCUCCUAUCCUCAAACAGACGUGUUCCUGAUAUGCUUCUCUAUCGUUUCCCCUCCCAGUUUUGACAACGUCAAGGCCAAGUGGUACCCCGAAAUCGAACACCAUGCACCUGGCGUGCCAAUCAUCCUUGUCGGUACUAAGCUAGAUUUGAGAGAAGACAAAGGCACGGCGGACAACCUGAGAUCGAAGAAGAUGGAGCCUGUAUCUUAUGAACAGGCUCUUAUGGUAGCCAAAGAGAUAAAAGCGGUCAAGUAUCUAGAAUGCUCGGCAUUGACGCAACGGAAUCUGAAGAGCGUCUUUGACGAGGCGAUCAGAGCCGUGCUCAAUCCUCGACCAACCGCCACUAAGAAGAAAUCGCGAUGCACCAUCCUCUAGGAGUUUUUUGAGCGAGCUUGUGAUCUUUUUGUGUUACUGGGGGGGCUUUUAGGUGCAUUGCAAAAGAUGGACAUAGAUGUGCCGGCUUCAGUGCUUGCUCCUUUCGUCAGGGAGUCUUGCCCAAGUUACAGUCAAUCCUUCAACUGUAGAGGCAACUCGAUAUGAAUAAUAACGUGCAACAUAGCUGGGCUGCAGGCGUUGAUAUAUGGAGCAGUGGUCCAAGGUGAUGUGCGAAUGGGACAUCCUCUCUGAAAAGUAUUGUUUCUAUUCAAUGCGCAUUACAUGGCAACAAACCGACCUGUCAGUUCAGUGCUGCACUC